AUGUCUAUUUUCCGCCCCUGCAUCGACCUCCACAACGGACAGGUCAAGCAAAUCGUCGGUGGAACGCUCGAUACAGCAGAUCUGACGACCAACUUUGUCUCAGAGUCAGUGUCUGUGUAUUGACUUCGACUCUACUACUUCCUCGCUGGCUGACGAAAAGCUCCUAUUCUUGCUGUCCCGGCGUGAUUCGAUCUGGCACAGGCACCCGCCCGCGUACUAUGCCGACUUGUAUCGGAAACAUCACCUCAAGGGAGCUCAUGUCAUCAAGUUGGGACCAGGCAACGAUCAGGCGGCACGAGAGGCGCUACAAGCGUGGCCAGGUGCGUCGGGUUCGGCGCUCUGCUCGCACAGUCGAGCAUUGCCAGCACAUCACUGUUCAUUGACAUGCAAUGGACACUUCUGAAACCAGACGCUCUGCAACUCGGGGGCGGUAUCACGGACGCGAACGCGCUCGAAUGGAUCGAUGCUGGAGCGUCACAGGUGCGAAGAGCCCCACGUCAGGCUUCCACCACCGUCUUCAACCCACACUGACCUUCCAUCUGCAUGACAGGUCAUCGUUACAUCAUACCUGUUCCCUAAUUGCACCUUCGAUGAGGAGCGCUUGAGAAGACUAGCUGAGAAGGUGGAGAAGAAGCGAUUGGUCGUCGAUGUCAGGUUCGUCCGAGGGGUGCAAACGUCUGGCCUUUCGCAAAUUCGGGCAUGACACUGACUGCGAAGCCAUACAACAUUCAACAACAGCUGCCGGAGAAGGGAUAACAGAUGGAUUGUUGCCAUGAAUCGAUGGAGAGACCUGGCCGACAUGGAAGUCAACGAAGGUGGGGCAACGAAUAUACAGUCAAGGCUUUAGCUUCGACAGAAGGCUGAAUCGUAUUGUUCCUUCGCAGAGUCGUUAUCCUUGCUAUCACAGUACAGCAGGUAAGUGUCAGAAAACUGGUCCAGUAUCGGCCAGCGAUCUCGCUCAUCCUAUUCGUCGCUCUCGAUACUCCAGCGAAUUUCUAGUUCAUGCUGCCGACGUCGAAGGGCUCUGCCAAGGAAUCGACGAGCAGUUGGUGGAGAGUGAGUGCGAAGGAAUUAGUGCCUGGAUGGAACACGUGUUCAGGUUUUUCACCCUAACACAUCAUCGUCCCACACAGAGCUUGGGCAAUGGUGCAACAUUCCAACGACGUACGCUGGAGGAGCACGAGGUAAAGCUUUUAGGUCGCUUCAGCACCGACGUUUCAUGCGUGCUGGUCUUCCUGACGCCUCCGAAUGCGAUGUUCGCAGACAUCAAAGACCUCGAACUAGUUGACCGGCUUUCAAAUGGUCGAGUUGAUCUCACCUUCGGAAGGUGAGUCAAGAUAAGCGAUCGGCUUGCCUUGGUCCGUGCUGAAUGCAUAUUUGUGUCAAUGUCCUAGCGCAUUGGACAUUUUCGGGGGGUCGCAAGUCAAGUUCAAGGAUUUGGUAGAUUUCAACAGACGAGCGAGGUGA